CUGUGACGUCAUCAGGAGCAGACGCGGACUCGACGGCUGUGUAUGUGAGUAGAAGACCCGGAGAGGACAGCUGAUCAUCAUCCAUGGCGUCUCCGCUCAAAGUGUGUAUAGUCGGCUCCGGAAACUGGGGCUCUGCCAUCGCCAGGAUCAUUGGAGAUAAUGCCAAGUCCCUGCAGCGUUUUGCCACCACAGUGAAGAUGUGGGUGUUUGAAGAAAACAUUAAUGGCAGGAAGCUCACGGACAUCAUCAACACGGAGCAUGAAAACACCAAGUACCUGCCCGGAUAUAAACUGCCAGAGAAUGUGGUGGCUGUCCCGAAGCUCUGUGAUGCGGCGGAGGGAGCUGACCUGCUGGUGUUUGUGGUCCCGCACCAGUUCAUCAGGAAGCUCUGUGACGAGAUGGUUGGCUGCGUCUCCUCCAGAGCUCGAGGAAUCACACUCAUCAAGGGCAUAGAUGAAGGCCCUGAGGGUUUGAAGCUGAUCUCCGACAUCAUUCGAGAGAAGAUGGAGAUUGAUGUCAGUGUCCUCAUGGGAGCAAACAUCGCCAACGAAGUGGCAGCUGAGAAAUUCUGUGAAACCACAAUCGGCAGUAAGAUCCUGGAGAACGGCCUGCUGUUCAAAGAGCUGCUGCAGACUCCAAACUUCAGGAUCACAGUGGUGGAUGAUGCUGAUACAGUGGAGCUGUGUGGAGCCCUGAAGAACAUCGUCGCAGUGGGUGCAGGCUUCUGCGAUGGGUUGCUGUGCGGGGACAACACCAAGGCCGCUGUGAUUCGUCUGGGGCUGAUGGAGAUGAUCGCCUUCGCUAAACUCUUCUCCAAGAACGACACUGUUUCUACGGCAACUUUCCUAGAGAGCUGCGGCGUGGCCGACCUCAUCACUACGUGCUAUGGCGGCCGCAACCGGCGAGUGGCAGAGGCCUUCGCUAAAACAGGAAAGAGCAUUGAGGAGCUGGAGCAGGAGAUGUUGAAUGGUCAGAAGCUCCAGGGUCCUGCCACCUCAGCUGAGGUUUAUCACAUCCUCAAACAGAAGAGCCUGGUGGACCAGUUCCCUCUCUUCACAGCCGUCUAUCAGAUCUGUUUUGAGGGGAAGCCGGUCCGAGAGAUGAUCUCCUGCCUGCAGAGCCACCCAGAGCACAUGUGACCACCGGGUGGGUUUCGCAAAGGGGGUGACGAUCCAUUCAACGUGUUUACACCGAGAUCAGUUCACAUUAAGUGUCUCAGCAUGUGAAAGAUAAGGUCCAAUAUCAAUUCAAGUAAAACUAAUAUAGACCAAAAGAAACAGAGUUUCCAGAUUUCCAACAGUAUUUCAUCUCAGUCUCAAAAGGCAGGGAAACAGGUCUGCUAGGCACGACCUCCUCCUAGUUUACACAGAAAUGAGGACAAAUUAAGAAGCAAAGCAUACUCCUUACACAAACGACGCAAACAGAUAGUUACACUGAUUUACAACUGAUUCCCAUUAGCACUCAAGCCAGUUAAAUUGAUGAAGUGUCUACAUCAAUUCGAAUUUUGAACAGGGCUGUUUUUAAGACAUUCCUGGGGUCAGCUGUGUUUCUGUGUUAUCUGAUGUAGAAUCAAUAUACACCUGCCUCUGCCUUUUUCUGGCUGCUGUUAUCAGAUAGCCGCCAUAGUCCUGGCACGGUGCCCCUUAGACACUAACCACACAAUGUUACAUUCCUUACAUUACAUAUCUUUCAUAUCACACAAGAUGUUUUUACCGUCCUCAUACACACUUGAACCAACCAGCAGCAUUUCCGAGUGAAAUAGCACAAAUCAUUAAGCCAUUGACAAGUCCACUUAAAGGUUUAUUACAACAUCUUUCCUCAUCUCAUUAUUUGUAAUAUGAAGGUAGGACUCGCCAUGUUAAAGAAGGAUUCUGGUCUUUUGAUUCAGGACUCAUUACCUCUACCAAGGACGUUAUGUUCAUUGCUGUUUGUCGCAAUUUCUUUUGGCAGAAAAUACUGGACUGAUUCUAUUGAAACUUGAUGGAAGGUUGGGAUAUGGUCCAAGGAAGAACACAUUCACUUUUGGCACGGGCCAUUUUUUACCUUUAACAUUGUGAGAUAGGAUGUUAGCCUCGGCAGAAGCUUGCAAUCUCUGAAUGCCCUUCUUUUGAUUUAAAUUGCCGUUUAUUUUUGGUCCGUCUAUAUUUUUGCCCUUUUAGUACUUAUUAUUGAGACCAUGUCAUAGUUUCAUGAAGAGAACAAAUUUGACCAAAAUUGUUUUAAAGGUGUGUUUGUAAAUGCACUAUCUUUUAUACAGAGUUUUUCUAGUGUUAACGACCUCUCAAAACACUUUACGCAACAAGUCAUAUUCACCCAUUUACAAACGUAUUUAUACAACAAGGGCCAGUUCAGACGUCAGUGUCUUGCCCAAGGACAAUUCGGCACUCAGGUGAGGGGGCCAGGAAUCCAACUACCAACCCUCUAGUUGAUGGAUGAGCAGGUUGACUCCUUAGCCACAGCAGCUGUUUGUGAGCCAGACCCAGAGCAAACACAGAUAUCCGUUCACACCGGGAUAAGAUAUUGUCAGCUACAGUAACAACCAGCACUUCUACAUAUGACUUGCUGCUUUUUUCGACCAUGGCUGCUACUUACAGACCUUUACACUGCAGCCAUGUCAAAGCAACACAGGUGCAACUAGAUUGACACUCAGUAAAGCUCAUAGCCCCAUAAAGGACCUACAGUCCCUUUUAAAUUCAAUCAAGCUACACCAAUUUGAAAACACUCAUAGAUAUCAGACCUCUCAAUGUGUCUGAUUUUACUCAUCAAGAUCCAGGUAUUAUUGGAAAAUGAAUAGUUUCUUCCUUGGCACAUCCCCAAACCUUCCACCAAGUUUCAAUGAUAUUGGUUUUGUGGGUUUUUGUAAGACUGAAGUCAAACAGGUAGAGGGCAACGGUGGCUGAGGUAUUUAAUAACAUACCACAUUAGGUUUCUUUAUUUUUCCUCAGAUCUGUUUCAGAUCGGAGUUUGAAGAUUCAUAGAUUUUGGUUUGCGGAUCAGUAUCAGUGAUUGAAAAAAAAUGUCCGAAGUGAUUUAGUCCAAUACAUUAAUAAACAGGAACCAUCGUUCAAAUGUCACAUGAACUGGUCAGUGUAGCCGUUUUCAGACAGGACCUCCGGAGGAUGUCGGCAGAAUUGGAUCGUGAGUUUACCUUUUCACACAUGAACAACAAAAGCAGGAGAUUCAGUUCAGACGUGUUCACAACAACACAGAAGUCUCAAGAGAGCUCGGGUGAGGGGUGUUGCAGCAGGCAGGUGUAACACAGGGAGAUCACAUGUUUCAGUCUACAGCACAUCAACACCCCCUUCAGCUCUUAUCACCAAAAGCUGUCUCGACAUCUUCAUCGGCAACACUUUUCAUCCUGAGAUGUUUUGCAUCUGUCGCGUGUUAGUUGUGAAAGCAGCUUAUCUGAUGAUAUUGAGGACAUUUCUUCUCUUCUCUCUUUUAAGGGCAAAUAUAUAAUUGAUGUCCUUAACUGCACUAUUCUGGUUUUAUAGAUUUUGUGGGUGAUCUAACGAGUUUAUAUCACGAUUCAUCUUUAGCAGGUCCAUGAUCUCCUUUUCUACCCAAUUGCAGAGAUCCAUACAUUUUAGGCCAUUUUUGUCUCCACUGAUGAUGUGGAUCCACGAUCACAAUUUAACAGCAUGAUCCCCGAUGGUGCUGAUUGGACAAAUUACAUCACGAGUCUCUGUUUGGAAGUGUUCCGACAGAUAUAUUCAAACACUUCCACCACCUGUUUUACUCAGGUCUUCACAAAUCUCAAACAGUAAUCCCUGACGGAUGUAUUAAAGUAAAGCUAAUUGAGCGAGCGGACACUAAUACACGUGACCAAACAGAGUCUGGAUAUUCUUUUCAUUACAUUUCAGAAAUAGAAAGAAAGAUUCAGUUCAGACUGUGUGUUAAAAAAGAUCAUGAUGAGAUGUUUUGGGAAGAUCCUCUACUGAAAGAUAGUGUGGCCAACAGCAAGUGCAGUUUGCAGUUUACAGUUUAAGGUAAAUGGAGGAAUCAGUGUGUUCUUGAACCACACAUCCAAACACUGCACCUCUUCAGAAGUACUCUGGAUUUGAUUGGAUGUUCACUUAUCAAAAUCCAGAUGAUAGAAGGCAAGAGAUUCAAAUUCACAUUGUGGUUGUUUUUGCUGCUGCACUCUAUAAUCAUAUGUUUGUUUAUGUGUGCUUAUCUUUAUAAUAUAGCACCCUUAACCUUCGCUAAGAUUUAUUUCCAUGUUUGUGACCAAAUGUUUGAAAUGGAACUUGUGCGUUUUUACUGUCAGAUUUGCCGUUGAUUUUUCAUAGUUUUACACAUAUCAAUGGAAAGCUGUUGUUAUUUACUUGAGAUGACGUGCCUGUCUGUGGACUCCAGCAUGAUACUGCCUCUGUGUCGUAGUAAGGCACUUAAGUCGUGGUCUGCUCCAGAACAACAGCAAUAGACAAUUCAUUGUGACAUAGGAGAAGAUAAGGAUGAUCACGGUGUUUUUCUAUAUUUUUACAACUUUAGUUUUUGUGUUAAUUUGCAUCCGGCCCCCCGGCUGUCACCAGUAAGGAUGCGUUUAGUUUUCGGGUUGUCCGUCCCUCCUUCCCAUUCUUGUGAACGCGAUAUCUCAAGAACAACUUUAUGCAAAAUUCUUCAAAUUUGAUACAAAGAUUCACUUGUACUCAUGGAUGACCUGAUUAUAAUUUGGUGGUCAAAGGUCAAGGGCACUGUGACCUUUCAAAACACAUGUUUUGCCUUUUGAAUGCAAUAUCUUAGGAAUACCUCGAGGGAAUUCUUUCAAAUUUGUCACAAAUGGUCACUUCAACUCGCAGAUGAACUGAUUAGAAUUUGGUUGUGAAAAGUCACAGGGAUCUUAUAUGAAUCUGGAAAAGAAAAACAUAUGUAUACGAAAAUUGCACUGGCUGGUGGAGGUAUACAACCGUAUUGCUGUAUUUCUAGUUCUCUCUGCCACUCAGGUAAACACACAGUAUUGCUCAAAAGAUCAAACUGAAUCCUUAAUACCUGCACAUAAAAAAUAUUCUCACAAUAUUCUACUUGAGACAUCAAAUAUUUUAAUUUUAAUGAAGAUAUGACUACACAAACCUGCAGUAUGUUAAUAAUGCCUUUGGGAAGAUCAUCAGAAGCUCUAUGAAAAAUGUGUUGGGUACGUUUUUGGAGCCGUUUUCUUUAUCUGUUGCCAAAUAGGAACAGUGUCAUUCUGUCAUAUUUACAGAGUGCAGUUGUUUUUAUGUUUCCUCACAGAUCCACUGUGGUAGAGAGUCACAGAUUCUUGCCAUUGAAAGGUUCAUUGAAGUUCUUGUGCGCUGCUCUGUAUUAUAAAGUUGAGGCAGUUAACCCAGUAUAUACCUCUCAAACCAGAGUAUUUGUUUCAAUACAACACAUCAGCUGGCAAUGUGCUGUAUUGAAUAAAUUACUCAGUAUUUCUAUUGUUGACCUUUGAACUGUUGUGGCAAAGUGUAAAAUAGUUGCCACUGUGAACUCUGCAGAGUUGUGAAAUCCUGUCCAUGUGUAUUAAAAACUUUUGUUGACUGAGAA